GUAUGAUAAGAAGAUGAGUGAGCAUCAUUUUGUGUUUGUGCACGGUGCAGGACAUGGAGGAUGGUGCUGGUACAAGCUCGCCAAUUCACUGAGACUUAAUGGACACAAGGCCACUUGCAUCGACCUCAAGGGCGCUGGGAUCAACCAAACUGAUCCAAACACUGUCUCCUCUCUUGAUGACUACAACCAGCCUCUCAAUGACUUCCUCUCGAAACUUCCACUCGACCAAAAGGUCAUUCUGGUGAGCCACAGCGUUGGAGGAGGGAGCAUGACAGCUGCCAUGUGCCAAUAUCCUUCCAAAGUCUCCAUGGCUGUUUAUGUCGCAGCAGCCAUGGUCAAACCUGGUACCAUGAUUCCACCAGUUCUCAAAGAAGUACUAAAGAUAUGUUCAGGGAUGAUAGAAACUGAAGCUGAGAAGAUUUGGGACUUCACUUAUGGAAACGGACCUGAGAAUCUCCCAACAAGCAUGACGAUGAAACCUGAGUUUAUCCAGGACAAGUAUUACAACGAGAGCCCCACGGAGGAUUACACACUGGCCACUACACUUUUGCGUCCAGCCCCUGUCAUGGCAUUUGCAGGCAUAGUGGAUAUCCCGGAAGCACCAGAGACUGACAAAAUCCCAAGGGUCUACAUUAAGACAGGCAAGGACAAUAUGUUCCAAUCAAAUCGUCAAGACUUAAUGGUAUCCCUGUGGCCUCCUGCUCAAUACUUCCUUCUUGAAGAGAGUGACCACUCUGCAUUUUUCUCCCAACCUGAAGCUCUUUAUAAAAUCCUCCUUCAAGCAGCCUCCUCUAUCUCUCCCUGA